AAUUCUAUUCAAGUUCCCCGUAUUCGUGCGAGAAUGGUUCGGUCCGGGUGUGAACGUCAUCAUUGGAAACCAGACGUUUUCAGUUGAAGCGGGAAAAUCAGACUGUUGCUGAAAUGGCAAAUCAAGGGGACAAGGCGGCUGAUGACCUUCCCCGUCUGGAAAAACGUGACUCUCCUCCAGAGAGCCCACCCACCACCUCAUCAUCCGGUCUGAUGGAGCUGGAGAAUCGUAUUUCCAGCAUGAACCUUCCACACAAGAUCACAAUGAACAGAGAAUUAUGCUUCAAACUCCAGGAGACUCCCAUGGACAGUUUGGUGAACAGAGAGACGGAGUUCAAUAAACGGGCCUUUUGGGACGCCCUCCAGGAGCAGCUGAACUCUGAUCCUCCCAACUACACUCAUGCUGUCACUGUGCUGAAGAAGAUCAAGAUUACCCUUCAGUCGCUGGUGCUGCCCCAAAACAUCAGACAGAGAUCUCAGAUAGAUGAGGUCCUGGACAUGGAGCUGAUCCAGCAGGAGGCCGAUCACGGGGUGCUGGACCUCCACAGGCUGAUGCGCUUCAUCAUUAACACCAUGGCGUCUCACUGUGCCCCAUAUGAAGACCAAGAGAUUCAGGCACUGAGCGACCUGAAGGACCCUGUGAAGCUGCUGAGGAACAUCAUCCGUGUCUUAGAGCUGAUGCUAAGAGGCAUGUUAAACUUUCUGAGGCCUUUUCUGCUGCAGCAGUCCGUGCAGUACAAGAGGGAUGCAUUCCAGAAGAUCCUGGACAUGCGGCCCGAUAUUCUGGAUAAUACCACCGCUUGGCUUCAGGCAGCUGCAUCAGAGUCAGAUUCUCCCAGUCCUGAUGGCCAUGGUCCCGUCAACGACAUCCUCAACCGUGCCUACGUGCGUCUGCUUCACUGGGACCCGCAGGACCGGAAAUAUCCUGAGACCGUGCUGAUGAACAAACCUCGCCUGGACGCUCUGGGCCUGCGUCUCAAGAUGCUGGUCCUGGAGGCGUCAGUGCUGCAGCUGACCAAGGCUCAAAGCGGGGAUGCAGUUUUCUUUCUGCAGGAGUUUGUUGGUAAACUACGGCAGACCAUCACUGCCUUGCUGGAGCACAGUCACACUAGGGACGAGAACCUGAAGGGGGCGCUUUUGGGGCUCGGGGAAAAAAUUUUGCAGCAGGUGAACGACACUUUGAAGAGCCAGGGACAAGCGGCGCUGUCUCAGGAGAACCAGGAUCUGCUGAAGGGACAAAUAUGUGACCUGUGGAAACACAACAACCCCGUCCGCACAGUCAUAGGAGAAAGGGUACAGGACUACCUCCGGGCCAUGCUGCAGGCCGGUCCUGCUAAAUUCAGACUUAAGUUGCCCGUCCCCCUGAGGCUGGUGAGAGCCAGCCUCACUGAGCUGGGGACGGCCUUUGGGCAAAUCGUCCACUUCAACCAAGCGGUCUUUGGUCCCUUCUAUACACCAAUUGUCCAGAAUCUGCAGUUCCCACCAGGAGAGGCCGAGGCCGGAGACAACUCGAGCUCGGCUGAGUGACCUGAAGUGACCUCAACAAUUAAUCUUGAAGGUUUGGUGUUAAUACAGUGAACAUUGAUGUUAAAGGGAAAAUCAGUUGUGAGAUGUUGAAGCAACAGUUUAAAGCGUUUUCUUGGGUUCACUCGUUCAGACCUCCUCACGUUCAGCAUGAGGAGCAGUUCUUAUACGCACAAAACAAUAUUUCAAAGUUGUUAUUUGAAAACUCC